UUCUCCAAACUCGAUACACUUGUUCAAAAAAAUUCCUCUUUUCGCUCUCUCUAACAACUCUCAAAGGCACCAAGAGCACAUACUUGUUACUACUUUCGUUUCGUUUCGUUUCGUUUAACUCGAUAUGCAAAUGGAAAGAACCACAAUUGUACCCCUACAGCCUCCGACUUAUGGAAAUUUGAUCACCAUUUUAAGCAUUGACGGUGGCCGGAUAAGAGGGAUUAUCCCCGGAACCAUUCUUAAUUUUCUAGAGUCUGAGCUUCAGAAACUAGAUGGGAAAAAUGCAAGAAUCGCGGACUACUUCGAUGUUAUUUCUGGAACAAGCACUGGCGGCCUCGUUACUGCCAUGCUAGCCACUCCCAAUGAAAACAACCGCCCUCUAUUCGCCGCAAAAGACAUCAAAGACUUCUACCUCAAUCAUUGCCCUAAAAUCUUCCCCCAGGACAGUUUCCCUUUCAAAGCGGUCACGAAGAUAAUCAAAGCCGUGGCGGGACCCAAAUACGAUGGAAAAUACCUUCACAAGCUCGUGAGGGAGAAGCUUGGGGACAAAAGAUUGCACCAAACAUUGACAAACGUCGUAAUACCGACGUUCCACAUCAAGAGCCUUCAGCCAACUAUUUUCUCUAGCUACCAGGUGAUGAAAGAUCCGAGCGUAGAUGCGUUGCUCUCAGAUAUAUGCAUUUCGACCUCGGCUGCACCAACUUAUCUCCUGGCCUAUAAGUUUGAAACCAAAUGCCCCACAGGCAAAGUGAGAGAAUUCAACCUCAUUGAUGAUGGCGUAGCCGCAAAUAAUCCGACAUUGGUUGCGAUGGGCGAGGUGACCAAGACAAUCAUGGGAGGAAGUUCAGAUUUCUUCCCUAUAGAGCAAAUGCAUUACCGGAGGUUCUUGGUGAUCUCACUCGGGACCGGUACUCGGAAGAUUGAGGGGAAAUACACGGCACGUGAAGCAGCCAAGUGGGGAGUGUUGGGUUGGUUGACCAGCGGUGGCUCCCCAUUGAUUGACGUCUUCAGUCAAGCCAGCGCGGACAUGGUCGACCACCAUCUCUCCGCCGUGUUUCAAGCCCUAGAACUCCACGACAAUUAUCUUAGGAUACAGGAUGAUAAUUUGAGUGGUGUUUUAUCAUCCGUAGAUGGGGCCACGAAAAAGAACCUAAAUGACUUGAUCAAAAUUGGUGAGGCAUUGUUGAAGAAGCCGGUCUCUAGGGUUAAUUUGGAGACCGGGAUGUGCGAGCCCACGUCUAAUUUAGAGACCAACAAAGAGGCUUUGAUAAGGUUUGCUAAACUACUCUCUCAAGAGAGACAGCGUUGCCAUGCAAGGUCGCCUCGUGGAUAUGCCAAUACACUGAAAUGAUUAUAGUCGAGGAUUAGUGAUUUUCUUGCAUAUUUUUGCUAAAUUUGUAAUUUGAAGAUUGGGACAAAGUAUUUGACCUUUGUCUUUUCUUUUGGAUUUUCCUUAUUAAUUUUUUAUUCUUGAAUAAACCCCUUGGGCCUAGGGCUAAGAUAGACCUUUCGUUUUUUUCAAUAUUUCCUUGGGAGGCUAGGGCUAAGAUAUAUUUUCUGCGGUACUUGUAAGCUUUUUAUAUGGAAUAAAG